AAAGAAGCAGGCCCUGAUUCCCAGCACUCCUGUCACCUGGUUUCCACUCGUCCAGCCUUCAGUACAUCGUUGUUUGUUCUGUUGCAAACACAAAACAAACCCCAAAACAGAACAUUCCGGCAAAAAUCACGCUAAGUUGGCAUUAUGGCCCCCAACAAUCCAUCGCAUCCUGGUGGAAAGGCACCCGCCAUUGCGAUGGCCGGCAGCCACACCAUCUCGUACGUGCAGUGCCAGAACCUGAAGUACAACGUCAUUAUCCUCGGCUGGCUGGGAGUGAUUAUUUCCAGCGUCAUCCUGGGCAGCUCCGCGCUGACCAUCCACGUGCGUCCCGACAUCGAGCUGCUGCUCAACCAGUGGCCCAUGAAUUUGGUCCCGGUGGCGGAACAGCAGCUACUGAUCAAUUUGUUGACCAUCUUUAGUUCCAUUGCGUACGGACUCUCGUUGAUCAACAUGGGCGUCAGUCUGCUGCUGCUAAUUGGUAUUGCCCGGGACUCCAGUUGCCUAAUAUAUCCCUGGUUGAUCUAUCAUGGCGUUAUCUUUGGCUUCGGUCUUUAUUUGGGGGUUUUCUACGCGACCGCAGGUCUGUUUAUUGACCUGUCGAGCUUUCUAAUGUGCCUUCUGGUGUUCACCCUUGUGCUGGUUAUAUUUUACAAGAUCUACCACGAGGUCUUCACCCUAUUUCGCGUGAUUGAGCAGUCGAAGGACGGGGGAGUGGGCGGCAUCUACUACCAGGAUGCGGAGAAUGGAUGGACUGCCGCUGGGGUUCCCUUCCAGCAUGUUUAUGUGCCGCGUCUGCCGAUCCAAAAGUAACAUGCACAUUGACCAUUUCCAGACUGCAACAGCAACGAAUAGAAAAAGUAAAAAUAUGACAUUUGGACUUCGUUUGUACGAUGAAUAAACGUUUCGCGGGUUCGAAUUCAUUUCAA